CGGCUGCACACCAAAUGAACCAAAAAAAGCUGCCAGUAACGGAUCGGGAAGCUGGGUAUAUAAGCCGGGUGGAGUCCACAGCAGGUACUCGUGAUUACACAGUCAAACCUCAAACACAUCAUGAAGCUGCUGAUUGUCCUGUUUGGUGCUGUGGCGCUCGCCUUGGCCGAGACCAGCUACUCGACCUUCGAGCUGCCGUACAAGGGCUUCGCGUACUCGUCCACCGCACAGACGCCGUACGUCUACCCCUACGCGGCCCCCUACACCCCGUACACCCCGUACACGUACCCCUACCGUUACCCGGUCGUGCCCGGCACCCAGUACCACGCCCAGGACAUCCUGGGACGCGCCACCUACGGACACUCCGACCCCUUCCAGACUGAAGUCGCAGUGCAGGAUGCGGCCGGCAACAAGGUGGGCAGCUACAGCUACAUCAGCCCCGAGGGCAAGGUGAUCAGCACCCGCUACGUCGCGGACGCCGCCGGCUUCCGCGUGGCCAGCAACGCCUUGCCCGUGGGCCCCAGCGUCCCGGUGGUGCCCGAGGUGAUCCCCCCCUCCCCGGUCGUGGACACCCCCGAGGUGGUGGCCGCCCGCAACGCGCACCUGGCCGAGGUCGAGGCCGUGCGGUCCCGCUCCCGGAGGGACGUGUCCGACAAGACCCCCGCCAGCACCAGCGAGCUCAAGGACCUGCCCUAUGGCGGAGUGCUGCCCUACGGCGGAGUGCUGCCCUACAGCAGCGUGCUGCCCUACAGCGGAGUGCUGCCCUACCAGUACCCCGCCGGCAUCGUGCCCUCCUACCAGUACCCCGCCGGCAUCGUGCCCUCCUACCUGCCCACCUACCCCUACACCUACAAGCUCUGAGCACCACGACCUCGCAUCCUCACUGGCCUGCUAUCACGCUCAAAAAACCUUUGUCACUCUCUUAUGUAGCAAAUAAAAAAAUCAAGUCUCAUUCAAA